GAAGAUGGAUAUUAAGAGCAUGAAGAAUUAUCUCUAUUGGCUGUACUGUCAGUUUGAACUAAUCACCUGCAGCUACCUCAUGGAGCCCUGGGAAAAAGUGCUCUUCUACACUUUCAACGUUACGAUGUUAGUUACGGUGUUAUACACCACUUACAUCUUUGUCCCUGUCCACAUUAGCACGGCUUUCCAGUUCUUCUUGCACUUAUUUGGAAACCAACAUGAAAAUACUGUUUCUGUCGUGAAAUAACAUGGCAACCUGACACUGACUUUUGGGUCAAAGAAGUGUUUUCCUUAGCACUCCAGUUUUGUUUAGAAACAGGUUCAGGGUGUGCGCAAACACUGUUUUAUUCUGCAAUAUCUGUUAAUAUUCUUCUGUAUUCUGGGACUCUAACAGCAAAUUACUUUGCCAAAGCAAUUUCAAUCACUCCUUGUUUUUAUCAUUUGACUGCUUCUUAAAGAGCUUUCAAUUUUAAGGACUGGCUGGAGUUACAAAGCUGGGUUUGGUACAGAAACAACUAUGCUGCAUACUUUGUUAUUCCAGGGAGAGCUGCUUGGAUAUGGAGAGUUUUCAUCUUGAGAAAUUGUAUGGCAUAUGUUUGUUCUUGUCUGCCAUGGCUUUGCUGAAGGGAGAGAUGUGUACACAAAAGAUUUUGCACAAUACUAUGUACAACUAUAAGCUGCUUCUCUAAGCUUGGUAUGUAUGUAUUUAUAGAAUGGUUUUAUUAUUUAUUUAGUUACCUCGGUUAUUUAAUACAAUUAAAUACUUGAGUGGUUCAUCAUCAUUAUGCAAAUAAUGCCUUUGAUUUAUUAAAAAUGUGGGGAUUUACU